AUGCAAGGAAAUCCAACUUUACGUCCUUAUCAACCUUUCAAUGCGAAUGCAGAUGCGGAAACACUCCGUAAAGCCAUGAAAGGCUUUGGUUGCGAUAAAAGUAAAGUUAUCAGUGUACUCUGUAACAGAGUUAAUUUUCAGCGUCAGCAAAUUGCAACAGCUUUCAAAACCUUGUAUGGCAAGGAUCUUAUCAGCGAUUUGAAAAGCGAAUUAUCAGGCGAUUUCGAAGAUUUGAUACUUGCUUUAAUGGAAAUUCCAUCUCGAUAUGAUGCAAUUCAACUUCACAAAGCUAUGGAAGUAAUGGGUUUGGGUACCAAAGAAUCAGUACUAAUAGAAAUUAUGUGCUCACGUACGAAUGCCCAAAUCACAGAAUUACGCCAUGUUUAUGAGCAUAUGUAUCACCGAAGUUUGGAAAAUGAUUUAAUUGGUGAAACAAGUGGACAUUUCAAGAGACUGCUAAUAUCGUUGUGUGCUGCAGGACGAGAUGAAAGUAUACAAACCGAUCAUUUGCGCGCUAACCAGGACGCAAGAAAAUUGUAUAAAGGAGGCGAGCAACGCCUUGGUACAGAUGAAUCUUGUUUUAAUGCUAUUUUAGCUUCGCAAAAUUAUCAUCAGCUAAGACUUGUCUUCCAAGAGUAUCAAAAAAUAACAAAUCAUACGAUUGAAAAAGCAAUAGAAGCAGAAUUUAGUGGCGAUAUUAAGGAUGGUUUAUUAGCAGUUAUUGCAUGCGCCCAAAACAAACCAGCUUACUUUGCCACUUUAUUAUACAACAGUAUGGUGGGACUUGGCACACGUGAUACUGACCUAAUACGUAUCAUCGUCAGUCGUUCAGAAGUUGAUUUAGCUGACAUACGACAAGAAUUCGAACGAAAAUACAAGCAAAGUUUGGAGUCUUUCAUUAAGAGCGACUGCUCUGGAGCAUAUAAAGACGGCCUUAUCGCACUUGUUAAGGGGAACUAA